CCUGCGACCAUCCGGUAGCAGAGAGCAGGUAGCAUGGCUUCACCAGUGUGUGCAUCACUGUUCUGUCUGGUCAACAUUGGUAUUCUAGUCUUUGCCUUCUAUUGGCCCAUGUGGUAUGUGGUGGUGGAAGAGACCGAUGAUGGCUCGGGUCCCGUCAAGACAGAGUCCAAGUUUGGCCAACAAAGAUUCUGCACAGUGGUGACAGACAACACGGGAACAGAGGUUUUGAAUAGUUGCCGGACGUACAAGGAGGCGCUGGACGAGAUCAAGAAGGCCGGCGGCACGUCAGAUAACCUAGAACGGCUUGUUCUGGGCUCGUAUGUGGCGUCGACGGGAAUCGUGGUGAGCGUGGUCAUGCUAGCCAUCACUAUGAUCAUUGCGGUGUACAUGACGUGCUCCGAGACAAAGGACCGCUCGACAGCUGGGCAGGGCUUCUGCAUUGUCUCGUCAAUCAUCCUGGUCAUCGUCGCCAUUUUCUGGUAUAUGCACUGCAUCCACAACUCGAAACUCAAGACCCGCGACUGGAAGCACCUGUCGUACGGCUACUACGGCAUCAUUGUCGUCGCCCUCUUCGCCAUCGGCUGCAUCUUUGAUCUCAAGCGCGACUUUGACGCCCAGCGCCCAGCCGGUGAGCCUGUCGACGCACAGGCCGACAACGACGAUUACUGGACGGUGUAACCCGCCGCCCGCUCGCCACUCCUGAUCUGACCCCGAUGCGCAAGCCGCCCCUCGCCCCCCUCACAACCCACAACCCACCGCCUCGCGCUACCACCUUCCCUCCACUACCCCCCC